AUGAAGGACUGCGAGUACCGGCAGAUCCCGCCCGGGGCGGCGGCGACGCCAGGCCCGGGCCCGGCCGGGUCUCCGCUGCCGGCGGGCGCCGUUCCCCCGCGGGCCGGAGCGGCGCGGCGGCCCCUCAGGAAAUGGGAGGUGUUCCCGGGCCGCAACCGCUUCUACUGCGGCGGCCGCCUCAUGCUGGCGCGGCACAGCGGCGUCUUCGCCCUCACGCUCGGCCUCAUCCUGGCCACCAGCGGCCUCUUCUUCGCCUUCGACUGCCCCUUCCUUGCCAGUCACCUCACCCUGGCCAUCCCCAUCAUCGCUGCCGUCCUCUUCUUCUUUGUCAUCAGCUGCCUGCUCCAGACCAGCUUCAGAGACCCAGGAAUCCUGCCCAGAGCCACCCCCAGUGAGGCUGCAGACCUGGAGAAGCGAAUUGACAGCAUGGGCAGCUCCACGUACCGUCCCCCGGCCCGCACCAUGGAGGUGGUGAUCAACAAGUACGUGGUGAAGCUCAAGUACUGCUACACCUGCAAGAUGUUCCGGCCGCCGCGCACCUCGCACUGCAGCGUCUGCGACAACUGCGUGGAGAGAUUCGAUCACCACUGCCCCUGGGUGGGCAACUGUGUGGGCAAGCGCAACUACCGCUACUUCUACGCCUUCAUCCUGUCCCUGUCCUUCCUCACCGCCUUCAUCUUCGCCUGCGUCGUCACCCACCUCACCCUGCGCUCUCAGAGGGAUGGCUUCCUGGCCACUCUGAAGACGACCCCUGCGAGUGUGCUGGAGCUGGUGAUUUGUUUUUUCUCAGUCUGGUCUAUUUUGGGCCUCUCAGGUUUUCAUACUUAUUUAGUCGCCUCCAACCUGACGACGAACGAAGAUAUCAAAGGGUCCUGGUCAAACAAGAGGGGCUCGGAGUUUGCCAAUCCCUACAGCCAUAAAAGCAUCCUCACAAACUGCUGUGCAGUGCUGUGUGGGCCAUUCCAUCCCAGUCUGAUAGACAGAAGAGGAUUUAUCCAGCCAGAUACCGGGACCCCGUCCAGUCCCAAGAGUGAAAUCCCUUCCUUUGGAGCCAAAACUGACACCAGCAUGGUAGGAGGCAUUCCCUAGCAGUGCUGUGAUGUUCCCAGUGCCUGCUGUGCCUGCACCUUGCUCCAGCCAGUACCUUCCCCUGUGUCAUCCCCCGCCUCAGGGGGGGCAGCCCUGGCGCCCAGAGCUGCCAAAGACUCGAGCCGUGCGUUGCCUUCUUUUUUUACAUUUAUUUAUUACUUUUUGUGUAUUUGUUUCACUGUGAUGUGGCCUGUCAGGGGUUUUGCCUGACAGAGCCCGACAGCUUGUGGGAGCCUUGGACUCGUGCUGGAAGCAGGGGGUCCCCAGAGCCCUGAGCUCCAGGGCAUUGCUGUGAUUCCCGCUGGGAAUGAGGUGGGCACUGAAAAAUGAUCCCCGCUCGGGGCUGGGCUGUGGAGGUGUUGUCUCCCUGGUGUCCCUGUCACCUCCAGGAACACACCCUGCUCCCCUGGCCCACGUGCAAGGGCUGUUCUGUCUCUCAGGCUGGAGCAGCUUCCCCUUUCCAGAAGCUGCUGUGCCCUGCUGAGUUGGGCGGUUCAGCUGGGAGGACUCCGGCUCCCAGCAGACCUGGAGGCAAGUGAGGAUGUCCUGGGUGAUCCCUGCUGAUCCUGUUUUCUGGCUUUGGCCCUGCCAGUUGGUCAGACACAUUUUGCAGCAAAGACAUGAGUCAGGGGACCCUCCUGUGUUGGGGAAGAAGAAACACUCCGUGCUCUGUGACUCUCAGGAGAUGCAGGUCACAAGGCUGCAGGGGUCAGGUUUGGGAACUGGAGCUUUCCCAGGAUUGUGUCCUGUCUGUGAGACACCAAAAGGCAACAGAAAAGUGUGUGAAUCCUGAGGGUCACAGCCUUCCCAGGUGGAGUUUCCCAGAGGAAGCAGCGAGGGGGUGCUGGUCUCUGAUAAGCUCAUGGUGUGCUCUUGGUUUGGGCUGCUGAACAGCAGAGUGUCCCCAGGGCUGUCCCCAGUGCCCUGGGAGCUGCUCAUCCACGAGCACCACUCUGCACCCAGGGUGCCAGCUCCGCGUCCCUGGGCUGGAGGGAGAGUCACAAACCUUGUAGCAAUACUUGAAUCGUGUUAUUAAAAGCUGCUGGGUAUUUUUGCACAAUUUGUAGGACUUUUUUCUACGUGGAACGUUUUGUGUCCCGCGCAGGGAGCGCAGGCACGUUGGCGCCAGGGGCCGAGCUGCCUGUCAGGUUUCCUUGCAUCAGACAGACCAGUUUCAACCUCCAGCAGGGGCAGCACAUUUUUGGGGGCGGCCCAGCCCCACUGAGUUCACCAGCAUCGUGCUUUGUACUCUGCAAGUGCCUGUGCCAGGAGGAUGGCAGAGGAGCAGUGAGGAGGGGGGGUUACCAGGGGCCAGACUCCUUCUAUUUUUAUUUAAACCAGUUUUCCUUUGUUACUCAAUAAAGUUCUAUUUUUAAAGAGUUAACUGCUUGGAUGAUUAUUUUCCUCCUCGAAGACAGAAGAGGGCAGGUGUGUCCCAGUGUUUGGCAUCUCUCAGGUGCCAGUUGGACUCUUAGGCUCAGGCCUCUCCUGGAAACUCCUGCUGUGAGGGAUGAGCGGCAGCUGACGCUGCUGUGACUUGCUGGAGUGAAGGGAAUUUGCUGUCCCACAUUUCCAGGCUGGACAGGGGCUCAUCCUUUCCCCACUGUUGUCACCUCAGUGUCCUCUCCCCACUGGGAUCCGUGCUCCCCGUCUGUGCCAGCCCCCCUGGC